CUUAGAGACGGCAGGAGCCCUUUCGCCAUGGCUGCCGGACCUAUCUCCGAACGGAAUCAGGAUGCCACGGUGUACGUAGGAGGUCUGGACGAGAAAGUGAGUGAGCCUCUGCUGUGGGAGCUCUUUCUGCAGGCAGGGCCAGUGGUGAACACCCACAUGCCGAAGGACAGAGUCACUGGCCAACACCAAGGCUAUGGCUUUGUUGAAUUCCUGAGUGAGGAAGAUGCUGACUAUGCCAUUAAGAUUAUGAACAUGAUCAAACUCUAUGGGAAGCCAAUACGGGUGAACAAGGCCUCAGCUCACAACAAAAACUUGGAUGUAGGAGCCAACAUUUUCAUCGGAAAUCUGGACCCAGAAAUUGAUGAAAAGCUGCUUUACGAUACUUUCAGCGCCUUUGGAGUCAUCUUACAGACCCCCAAGAUUAUGCGGGACCCUGACACGGGCAACUCCAAGGGUUAUGCCUUCAUUAAUUUUGCCUCAUUUGAUGCUUCGGAUGCAGCAAUCGAGGCCAUGAAUGGGCAGUACCUGUGUAACCGCCCUAUCACUGUGUCUUAUGCCUUCAAGAAGGACUCUAAGGGUGAACGCCAUGGCUCAGCAGCUGAACGACUUCUGGCAGCCCAAAACCCACUGUCCCAGGCUGAUCGCCCUCAUCAGCUGUUUGCCGAUGCACCCCCUCCACCCUCUGCCCCCAAUCCUGUGGUUUCAUCCCUGGGUUCUGGGCUUCCUCCACCAGGCAUGCCACCUCCUGGCUCAUUCCCACCUCCAGUGCCACCUCCUGGAGCCCUCCCUCCUGGGAUACCCCCAGCCAUGCCUCCACCACCUAUGCCACCUGGGGCUGGAGGACAUGGCCCCCCGGCAGCAGGAACUCCAGGGGCUGGACAUCCUGGUCAUGGCCAUUCACAUCCUCACCCAUUCCCACCAGGUGGGAUGCCUCAUCCAGGGAUGUCCCAGAUGCAGCUGGCCCACCAUGGCCCCCAUGGCCUAGGACACCCCCAUGCUGGGCCUCUAGGCUCUGGGGGGCAGCCACCACCUCGGCCACCUCCUGGAAUGCCUCAUCCUGGACCUCCUCCGAUGGGCAUGCCCCCCCGAGGGCCUCCUUUUGGAUCUCCCAUGGGUCACCCAGGUCCCAUGAUGCCUCCUCAUGGUAUGCGUGGGCCCCCUCCUUUAAUGCCCCAUCAUGGAUACACCGGUCCUCCAAGACCCCCUCCCUAUGGCUACCAACGGGAGCCCCUCCCUCCACCCAGACCCACUCCACGGCCCCCAGUUCCACUACGGGGCCCACUUCCUCAGUAA